AUGGCACCACACUCGCAGACCGUCCGGGGCACCUUCGGCAACCUUAAAACCAUGUCCGCCAUAGAAACUGGCCGCAACCCGACCCAACUUGGUGAUCCCACCUCCCUCCACUCCGAAAAAUAUGACUCCAUACCGUUAGACUCAAUGCCAGACUUCUCCGCUCCUGCAGACCCCUACCGACAGAACGAAAACAAAAACAAGUCGUCAUUGGCUGAUUCCAAAAUAGUGACGGGCACUAUGGGAAACUCGUGUGGACCGAAGGUGAAUAAGAGUAUGUUGGGAGACUCAGUUAGCUUGAAAGCGGAGACGAGUAUGAGCGAGUGGGGCAGGGGCGCGAGGCUGGCGGGAGAUGAUUGGGAGAUGAGGAGGGCGGCAGAAAGAAGGGGUGAGUAUGAGAGGAGAGGGAGGAAGAGUAAGCUGUGA